UUGGAUGUGAUUUUAAGUGUAAAUUAUUUCCUUGUAGACACCAUUCUCAUGAAUUGUCAUCAAUAUGAACUUGAAAUACAGUUAUAUUUUGAGUGUUCUUGCUGUUCUUUGUCUGGAUCCAGUUUAUUCGAGGUGGAGGGGACAUACCACCACCAGGAGAUACAGUUACUGGUUAAGAAGUUAUAAUUGCUACAUAGGAGUAUGGCCAGGAUGGUAUUGGUCAAGCUGCUGGGCUUCUAGAUGGGACUAUUACAUUGCCUAUGGAUAUAAAGAGUCUUGUAGCAUUGGAUGGACGCAUACUGGCAAUGAAAACUGUAAUAUACCUAUAUGUUCACCUGGGUGCAGGAAUGGUGGAACUUGUGUUCAGCCAAAUAAAUGCAGUUGUCCGUCGGCAUACACAGGGGAUAUUUGUGCCGGAGUGUCAGCAUGUUCGUAUCGGAAACCUUGUUAUCCUGGGCGUUGUUCUGGUAAUACAUGUGACUGCUCGUAUGGAUUUGGUGGAGGGAGUUGCUUAACUUUGCAAAGCGAUGAUUUCUUGCCAACUAUAGAGAAGAUCAAUAGCACAUUUGCAUAUCAUAGCGAAACGUUAAAUACAGAUGAAUACAGUUAUAAGAGUGAUGCCACUAACAUGAAAACGCCUGACAUAACCUGGACAAACCAAGGGAAAUUUAAUAAGCUGGAAUUUCAUUUGAAAGCCUCAAUAGACGAUACAUAUGUCUUUUCCCGUAACCCAAGUCGACCAAGUUACAUCAGCGCAGUAAAAUUUGGAAUCGUUUCUGCCACUGCAACUGUUAUCCACUUGAAACUGAAUAAUGGAGGUCUUGGUGAGGCACAACGUACAAAUCUUACGUGCCCGAAUCUUUCUAGUAGAACACCAAAAACCGAUUUAUCAUGUGAUUUGAAUACCAGAUAUAUUAUACAGUUUGACUCCGGGGACAGGUACAAAAUACAUUUUUCUAUAAGUACUGGUGGAUACAGACAAUUAACAAAUGGUGCGGUAGAUGAGUAUACUGUCGUAAAGACAGAAAACUCGAUGGAACUACAUUUUGAUUACGACGUUCCAAUUCAUUGUUAUGAAGAUUCUAGCUGUACUUCGCAGGAAGAUGCAUUCACUUUACGUGAAGAUGUUACAAAGGGUGCACUGAAUGUCCAAGCGUCUGGAUGGAAAGACACCUUAUCAGGAAUAUCGAGAUAUGUAUUGGAAUUUUGGAAAAUGGAGUAUAGUUACGACCAUAAAGGAUUGAGGGAACCUCUCAUCAAUACGACAUUUAAUCCAGUGCCUUUGUUUAUACAAGAAGUGAAUGCCAGCAACACAAUUUCCUUUCCGACCUAUGAACCCAAUGAACCUGGUGUGUACUCCGCGAUAUUAGAAGUAAAUGACAAAGCGAACAAUUCUAUAUAUGCACGACAAGUAGCAAUAUAUGAUAAAACGUCUAACAUAUCAACUAGCUCUGACCAUGCGAUUAAUGUUACCACUGCGUCCGAACUGUCAAAUUUUACAUGGCAAACCAGUCAGUUAUCGAGAAUUGAUGUGACAUGGUCUGGCCAUUUCGUGAAUAAAGUUCACGAGAAGGGAUUUUUCCUUGAAAAAAUACUUGACUACGAUCCACGUCUGGAUGAUGGAAGUGUAGGAAGGCGGCAUGACUACAAAAAAAUACUUCCUGGAUUUGAUGAUCAAACAGGUAAAAGAAAAAAAGCUGCAAUACCAAAUAUGAAAUCCAUCAUUCGUUUUGAAACUAUUGGUAUCCUUGGUGUUCUUACGUCUGUAGUUCCAAACACUGGUUGGGAAGAUGUUGUACCUUUAAGUGACAAUAAAAGAUUCAUGCCUAUUGACAUUCGCGAUGGAGAUUCGUAUCAAAUUUGGAUUCGUGCACAUGAUAUAAUGGGCAAUAGUAAAGUUGAUUCUACUGCGGUGCAUUUCGACAGAAGUGAACCUUCGGUUCCUGUAGUUAAAAAUUUAGAAUUUAACAUUGGAGAUGGAGCAUACCCAUUCUCUAGCAGAGUGCGGGUUUCAGCAAGAGAUAACCACAGUGGGGUUAGAAAAGUAUCAUUCAGAUUUAUUGUAAAUGGAACUCGGAUCGAGAAGGCAAAAAAAGAUUUCUUUAUUGAAAAACAGUCUAAAGAAACAUGCGAUCUCAUUCCAAGUGAUUGCUACUGCGUUAAAAUGGGUGACUGCUUCCUGAUAGACACGGUUUUGGAUAUAAACAACUGCUGGUUAAAGGUUCCAAUUCACCAAGUAGCCAACUUUGUUCUUUUGUUGGAAGUAACAGUGUACAACUCAGCCAUGUUAUCGUCUACAAACUACACAACCAUCGGAACGGUUAAACACUUGCAAGGUAUACAAGAAUACUAUAGCCCAUCUAAUAUUACCGUGGUAUCAACAUCUUCCUCAAGUGUCAGCAUUAAGUGGAUUCAAGCAAAAACGUGUUAUGAACGAGCUGGAAUAGUCAUCGUGUUAUACAGACCUGACAACACAACAAAAGAGUAUCCAGUGGACAAAGAUGCUACAACCUUUCAUCUCUCAGGAUUAUCAUCUGUGACCUCGUAUUGGUUUCUGAUGUACACAAAGUAUGGAAACGACACAACUGUUGUAACCAGUGCAAGUCCUGCUAAGUUUGCAUUUUCAACACAAGAGAAAGUAACAGGUUUCCCAACAUCUGGAAUAGCAGGAAUAUCAGCAGGUUUUAUUAUACUUCUAAUAGUUGUUAUUAUUGUCUUGGUAUUACUUGGAAGGACUGGACGAUUGCAACCAGCCAAACAACGUGUUACAGCCGGAAUACGUACAGUUAGAAAUACAAUUCGAGUGCGACCAACAACGAAUUCUUUCAAUAAUCGGGCCAUCGCUUCGAAGGAGGACGACGAUAUCUACUUUUACGGUGGCAUGGAGAUGAAGGAAAACAAUAUGAAAAUAUCGCGCAAAGAUAUAUCACUUGAAUCUGAAUUGGCUCGCGGAAGAUUUGCUGUGAUUUUCCUGGCAAAGUAUUACAAUAAAAGCGAAUGUCAUGAAGUUGUUGCUAAAACACUCAAAGAUGACCAGAGCGAAGAUGCCAUUAUGAAAAUGAAAGCGAAAAUAAAUUUCUAUACUAAGAAAGUUGGUCGUCAAAAAAAUGUAUUGGACUUCAUUGGCAGUGUUGAGGAUGAAGUUCGCGGACCAAUGAUGAUUCUUGAGUAUUGUUCGAAGGGGGUUCUAAAGCAAUUUCUAGAAGCAAUUAGGUCAAACAUUUCCAAUGACAUUGAAGAAAAACUGUUUAGAAUGGUAUUUGGAAUAUGCCAAGGAAUGGACUUUUUAGCAUCAAAGCAAGUUGUUCACAGACGUUUGGCUGCAAGAAACAUAUUACUGAAUAGCAUACUAGAACCAAAGAUCACAGGAUUUGGCCCAGAUCCAAGUUAUGACGAAGGAGAGGACAACCCUGGGAAUGAACGAAUUCCUAUCAAGUGGGUGGCUCCAGAAUGUAUGAAGUCAACACAAAAUGCCAAUGAGCUGAGCGACGUUUGGUCUUUCGGGAUUGUCAUGUGGGAAAUAUUCUCACUAGGUGAAACACCGUACCCCAGAUUGCAAAGCAGAGAAGUCCCUGGUAGAAUAAAAAAAGGCUAUAAGAUGGCGAAACCAGAACUUUGUGAUGAUGCAUUCUAUGAAGUAAUGCUGAAAUGUUGGCACUAUGAUCCUCGGAAACGAUCAGGUUUUGAACAACUGAAGGAACAAAUGAAUACCAUGUUUACCGAGGCUCCUGGGGAUGAUUAUUACUACAGAACAAACGAUCUAUAAUUGUCAAUCUGAAAUUUGAUGUGCUAAAAAACUGCCAUUUCUAUGUAAAUUUCAAAAGAUUUGACACAGCUUGAACAAUUGCAAUUGUUUUAAUAUAUACUUUAAGGUUCUUUUUUCAUUAUGAUAGAAAUAAAUCGUAUAUUUGAUAGCAGUAGUGUAGCACUGCAUCCAUCAUGUUCAAAUGAUUUAUCAAAAAAUCGUUUGAAGCUGAGAACAGCUAACUAUUAUAAUAUUGAAAGAAAUAUUUCAAGAAAGCUUUGAUAUAGCUUGGAAAAUUGUAUUGUUUGCGUAUACUUUUAUUGCUAUUUUAAUUCUUUUUAGCUCACCUGGCCAACUAGGUCAAAUGAGCUUUUCUCAUCACUUGGCUUUCGUCGUCCGUCGUCCACCGUCCAUUAACUUGUACAAAAAUCUCCAACUCUUAAACUACUAGGCCAAAUUUAACCAAACCUGACCAUAACCACCACUUGGGUAUCUAUUUUUAAAAUAUGUCCUAUAACUUAGCCUGCCAACCAACAUGGCUGCCAUGGACAAAAAUAGAACAUAGAGGUAACAUGCAGUUUUUAACUUGUAUCUCUGAAACUAAUGAAAUUAGAGCAAAUCUAAAGUUCAGAAACAUGAUUGUUCAUCAGGUUUAGGUGUCAUACCACCAAUUACUUCCUCAAAUUUAGAACGUAUGUGACAGUAGGCCUACUCGGACAAAAAAUAGUGCAUUUGAUGUCAUUUUUUACUUAAACUAACCAACAAAUUGGCAGAAAUGAAACUUUUGAUGAAAGAGAAAUAUAUUAAGACCAUUUUGAGCUAAAAUUUACUUGUUUAUGAGUUUGCAUUCAAAAUUGAGGAUAAAUGCACUCCAUAGUAUACUAAUUUAAGAUUUCCAGAAAACCAGGGGUUAUUUUUAGUGGUACCUCUAUUCGGAACACCUUUUCUUUUUUUAUAUGAUUUUAAACACCUGUUGAAAAUUGGCAUGUAGAUAGCUGAUACAUGUAGGAUUCAGGAUAUACCUGGUUUCUAUGAAGUUAAACUUAAGGUAAAAUAUUUAGAAAGCUGUGAAAAUUGUAAAAUUUGGUUGAACAGAUAGGGACUUUUAAUUGGUGGUAUGACACCUUUAGAUCUAUCUGCCCUUACUUAAACUUUCAGACGAAUCAGACAACCUGUUGUUGUGUUGUUACCUCUGAAUUCGAUAAAAGAAAUUUUGCAGUUUUGUUUUUAUUAUCUUAAUUAUCACAUGUAUCAUUAAAAAUAAAGAUAAGACAUAGGGGUUUACUUUAGGAGUCUAAGGGAAAUUGUAAAAGAAAACUCAACUCCAAGUGGAUACAACUUAAAAACUAAUAUAGAUAAUGAUAAAGGGUCUUAAGUAAUUAGUGUAAAACUAAAUUAGGAUAACCUGCUUUUAAUUCAACUACUAGGCUAAAUUUAACCAAACGUGACCGCAAUUAUUAUUACUAUUUAUUAUGAUUUUAUCCUUAUUUUACAAAAAUACGGUAGAUACAGGUGAGAGACACAGACUCUUGAGAGCCUCUAGUUUUAUUUUUCUGUUAUAUAAAAUAUUGUACAGCGCUUCAUUAUUUAAAAUCAAAGAAUUGACAGAAGAUCACAAAUUAAAUUGAUGAUGCCAACAGUAAAAAAAAAAAGAAAGACGGG